ACGGACGUGACCAUCAUUCACAGUAUAUAAGGCCCCCGGCUCACAUUGAUCGAGUGGUUGUAUUCACGUACGUAAAGCCUCGUAAAGACUUCAUCAUUCUCAGUACACUGCCCUAUGAUCUACACGUGACGACUGGAAUUCAAUAACACUCAAUCAUGGCGUCUCCGAACACGAACCAUAAACGGAACUUCCUUCUGACGAUACCCCGGAGCGGAUCAAAUCUGCUGGUCCGUAUUCUCAAUCUCACGGAACAACCUGACAUACUCCGCGGUAACAGUGGUGGUGGCUACUACUUCUUCGACGCCCACGCAAAGAUCUAUGGUGAACUCCGCCUCACAAACGACGUCAGGACUUGGUCUACACGAGAACGUGAACUGGUGAGAGAAGCCCUGCAAAGCGGAACCGAGGCAAUGAUCCAGCACAUCGACUCAGCUGAGCAACAAGGCAAGAGCGUUUAUAUUAAAGAACAUAUGCCUUUGAUCACUGACCCAGUUGUUGUCUCCCGGGCUUUCUUUGGUGAGGACGGUGACCACGGGUCGCGAUACACCGCCCAGGCGUGCGGCAAAGCGUAUAAAGGAGGAGACGUCACGCCACUCAACGUGACUUUGUUCUCGGACUCAUUCCUGAAAACCAUUCGUCCAACGUUUCUCAUUCGCCAUCCCCUCGUGAUGUUUCCCUCGUACUACCGUGCCCACAGAGAUCUCGGGGGAGAUCGGCAGACUCAUAAGGAGUGCUCACUAAAAUGGUCGAGAUCUCUGUAUGACUGGUUCGUGCAGAACAGAAACCAGGACGACAGCACGUUCCCGACCAUACUCGAUGCUGACGAUUUCAUUGCGCAGCCAGAAUUCCUGAUAGAGUACAGCCAGCUGGUCGGCCUCGACGCAUCGAAACUGUUAUUCGAAUGGAACAAGAAGACAACCGAGGAGUUAGAGGCGAUCAACUUCAAGAUCCGUAGAAUGACGGACACCCUAAACGCGUCGUCAGGUAUCAUCAAAGGGAAGGUUUCGUUGGGGUUGAACAUCGAGGAAGAAGUGCAGAAGUGGAAGGAGGAAUUCGGCGAAGAAAAGGCCGCACGUCUGGAGAAGGACGUGCGAGCUGCGACAGAGGAUUACGAGUACCUUAAAGCAAGACGUUUCCGGUCACAGAAGUCUGCAUAGGGUGUAGAGCGACGAGGCCCAAAAGUCGAUUAGACAAGGCUGAGAAGUCGCUAUCUGCUCGGGUGGCUUAAUGGACAAAUCUGGUAUCCACCUUGUCGACAC